UUGGGUUGGGCUUUCCAUAAAAAACCUAAGCAACGGUUUUAAUUAAGGAAUCCUGAAAAUUUACCAAAAGAAGAAAAGGAAAAAAAAACAAUUUAAAGCUGAGUUUCAGAGCAGGCUGCCAUAGUUAGGGUUUCAAAGCAGAAGCAAUCUUCAACUUCUAGCAUUUAGCAUCUCCAAUCACACCAUGAAACCAAAAUCAAAGCAAAACAUAAUCGAAACCCACUCCCCAAAAGCAACAGAUCCAUCAGAUUUCCCAUUUCAAAUAACCAAAAUAUCAGUCUCACAAAUCUGCCAAUCAGUGGGUUUCAAAUCCACGCAGCUCUCAGCAUUAGAAACCCUAACCCACAUAGCCACUCUGUAUCUCAAAAACCUAGCCAAAGCCUCCGCAUCAUACUCUAGUGCAUCAAACCGCACCCAAUCGAACGUGUUUGACAUCAUAAAUGCCCUUCAUGACCUCUCCUCUAUACAAGGUUUCACAGGAGCAUCUACCCUUCACUAUACUUCCAACAUCCUGUCAAGCUCAAGAGUAGUAAAAGAUCUCUCUGUUUUUGUAAAUUCCAUCGUUGAAAUCCCCUUUGCCAAGCCUAUUCCAAGAGUUAAUCCAGUUCCUCCGCGGCGAAGUUUGGGUUUGGAAAGUACAAGCAUGCAGCAUAUCCCCAAGUGGCUGCCAAGGUUUCCAGAUGAGAAAGCAUGUAAGAAAUGGGAGAGAGAUACUAAGAGAUUAAGAGAGGAUCUGGGUCUGUGGGAAAAUAAUUGUGGUGGAAUUGGGAAUGGCAUUUUACUUGAAAACAUGAAGGAGGAGGAGAAGAAGAAGAAAAGCCAUGAUGAUGGGGAUUUGGUCAUGGAGAGAGGGAGAGUGAGGUUUAAGAUUGGAGAAGUAGAAAAGGGAGGAAUUGUUGAUAUUAGAGUGUACAAGAGGAAUUGGGCAAGUAAAGGAGGGAAAAGGGUGUGCUUGUGAUUUGGAUUUAUAGGUGGUGAAGAACAAGUUUGAAGUAAAAAAGCAUUUAAAGUUGGAGUUUGUUUUUGAUGGAGAAGAGUGAGUGACUGGAGUGAUUGAUAUCAAGAAAUAGGCAUAUAUAUUAUCAGAUAUUUAUUGUGAUAAUGGUGACAAGAGGAAUCGAACCUUGCAUCAUUUUGGGUAUUCAAUAGCAAAUCGCCAUUUGGCCAACCCAUCAGCAGCUUCCUCCUUCUUUAGUGCUUCCCAUCGUACCUUUAUAUAUUUGCUUGUUGAUUCUUAAAUAGAAUUAACAUAAGCAUGAAUUUAAUAUAUUAUAAGCAUUUAGAAUCA